AUGUGUACCUCAAGCCAGAAAUCCGCUUCUUCCUCAACAUCCUCAAAACAAUACAUUUCGACUCCUUCAACCUCCUCAAAAACAAAGUCUACCUCAUCUUCCACCUCUCGAAAGGUCCAGGAUGGAUCACGUAUCCCUCACCACUCGUCAUCUUCGUCCGCAACUUCAUCACCCACUUCUUCAUCUCGAUCAUCUCACAAGGAUCCAGCAAGCCAAAGAUUUCAAGGUGAAGCAAUUAACCGAUAUGAGAACGAACCUAGGGACUACAAGUCUUGGACCGUGGAGGAAUAUGAUGCAUACCAGGAGAAAGCGAAGGGUGAACAUUGGGACGACGUGGAGAGGAAUGUGGAAGGCGUUAAAUGGGCGAGUUGA